CAUUAUUUAGACGUCGUUGAGAACACGGUCACACGAGGGAGAGAGAGAGAGAGAGAGAGAGAGCAGUCGGAUCGCGGCAGAAGAGCACGAUGACGAACCUUUCGUCUCUCCUCUCUUCGCCUGCCGUCUUAUCUUCUGGGGAGUGGGAGUCGACGAUGGAGGAAACACUGCCGUCACCGAAGAUCCCCACCGACUCCGCGGCUGGAUCCCCGGAGGAACCCCGCGCCCGGACCAGUUCCCGGUCCCGUUCCUUCUCCAGCUCCGCCUCCACCUCCCCUCGCUUCUCCGCCGUCCCAUUCUCCUGGGAGCAGCGGCCCGGCAUCCCCAAAGCCCUCUCCCCGGCCGCCGCAGACGAGGACGCCGCCGCCCACCGCCUCCUCCCGCUCCCUCCCCCGGUCCGCUCCCACUCCGACCUCCCCAUCCCGCGAAAGAAGCGCUCCGCGGCGCGGUUAGCCGCCGCCGACCCGUUCGCGGCGGCGCUCGCCCUAUGCGCCAAGGACUUCCCCGACGCCGGUGGCGACCUGGAGGAGCUCUGGGGGGUGCCCGAUGCCUCUCCACGGAGGGUAACCACCAUCGCCGACCGGUUCCGGCUCUUCGACCUCUACGGUUCCUGCAAGGCGACGUGCUCCGUCAUAGACGCCACGGUCCGCCUCCCUCGCACAGGACCGUUGGGUUUGCUAAGCCGCCGGCCCGGUGCAGGAGACAUCUGAGCCCGCACUCGUCCCGUCGUUGAUAAGUACAUAAACUAUUCCCAUAUUAGACGUUAAAUCACUCAGACUGCGUCUUUCUCGUUGCUUGUAUUGGUUUCCAUUAGAACGAAGGUCCUUAAAAGCAUGUUAAAUGAUGUACUUGUUGAGUGGUCGCUACAUGUACACCAUCUCAAGUCCCUCUUCAGCUGCUUUGUGACAGCAGGAAGUGGUCGGCUCCACUUCUCUUUCUUUUUCUUCCUUCAACAUGGUGUCAUGCUUCUAAAGUGGAGCAAGUUGGUGGAUGGAGGUCAAACUGUGCUUUUCAAGUAUGUACAUGUUUGCAGAUCUAAGUUCCUAACAGUUCCUUCCCCA